AUGGCUUCAAGUGGUAUUCCGUUCGACACCGCCGCUUUGAUGUCAGUAGUGCUAGAAGGCAUUUUAUAUGGCUUUUCAUUGCUCAUGUUUGUGGGCACAAUCUGGUCUUUGACCUACAAACAGCAUGUGCGGAACAUCAAUCGCCCAAUCGUCAUAGUGGCUAUCCUGUUAUUGUUAUUGAGUACCGCACACAUUGUCGUGAGCAUCAUCCGUGUGGAAGAUGGACUGGUGAAGUAUCGCGACACAUACCCAGGCGGACCAAUAGCAUUCUUCGCAGACAUUACGCAAGAAACGUAUACGAUAAAGCAUGCGUUAUACCUCCUGCAAACUCUACUUGCUGAUGGGAUCGUGAUUUAUCGCUGCUAUGUUGUUUGGAGAUCCAUCCGGGUUGCCAUCCUACCAGGCAUACUGUGGUGUAGCGUCGCAGCCACUGGUGCCACUGCAGUCUACGGUGUUUCACACUCUGCGUCCACUACUAGCAUCUUCGCCAAAGAUCUUGUCUCAUGGAUCAUGGCAUUCUUUGUUUCGACUAUUGCAGCUAAUGUAUUGGGUUCAGGAUUAACGGCAUAUCGAAUAUGGGCGAUCGAACGCAAUAUCGCUACAGUUCGCGCUAGUACGAAAGGCACCAUGAUGCCAAUAGUGCGCGUGCUCAUGGAUGCCGCUGUUUUGUACUCUAUGGCACUUAUCGCCGUGCUCAUUUGUUUCCUCUGCUCGAACAAUGGAGAGUAUGUUAUAGUGGACAUGGCGAUGCCGAUCAUAUCGAUUGCCUUCUACAUGGUGCUUAUUCGCAUCGCCAUCAAUAGGCGUCACAAUUACCUCUCGACUGUAGAAACAACCGUCAUAAUGGAACAAGGCGAUUUGCAGACAUAUCCUAUGAAGCCCGUGGAGGUCCAUGUACCCCGAUUUACGGGCAGUGAUAGUACUUCAGCGUACGAGAUGGGGAAUGAACACUAG